CUUCAUUCCAACUUCAACGACAGGGACUCACACGACACGUUUGAUCUACGGUUCGGUCGGUAGUACCAAAUCAUAUAUACACCACAACGGCAUAGAAUAGCCAUAUAUAAUAUCAAAAUUUUCCACUGAAACUGCUUCGGGAUGAGCACUGAACAUCUGAAUGACGCGGAGCCAGUGGAAUCCGCGAGUGCCCGGAGUUUGGUUUUGGAUCGCGCUCUCGUCAAUUUGCUGCACCAGGCACGUCGUCUCCAUUUGAACAGCGUGGAUAGCUAUAGAUCGCUGGAGGCAUCCCUGGAGAAGGCAGUGCCAGAGUUGCCCACGACUAGUAGUGAUACCGCACACCCCGCCGCCACAGCGACCAGCUCGGCAAGAGUUUUCCCAAAGCGAAAGUCCAGUAUCCUAGCACGAGCUGCGCCCAAGGCUCUCAAGACGCGCAAGACCGAUACGCAUGUGAAGACCCCACGUGGCGUCCAGUGUAAGACCGCCCAUCUGCCGCUGCCGCCACCACCACCGCCGCCCUCGCCGCGAUGCCCAAAACCACGGGAACUUAGUUCGGCCAUGGAGAUGGCCGAUCUUCUUCGGAUCGAGAUCGCCGAGACGGACGCACUGUUGGAUCAAAUGCUGUUCGACGCCAAGGCACUCGAACGCCAGGUGGUGGUCCAGUGUCAGUUGCACAAGGAUGCGGAGCUGAUCCGCAGCCUGGAGCAGGAGUACAGUGCACUAUCCAUGAAGUGUCUGGUAGAGGCCAUUCAGUCGGACUGCGAGAGCCGGGAUGUCCAGGAUCUCUGGAGCCGAUGUCAGCGCUCUUUGGAACGCCACGCGGAGCGACAGGCGGAGCUGGAGUCCGAAGAGGGUCUGUAUUUGGAUCUGAGUGAAGGCGAAGGCACCGGCAAGGGCACCCAAACCGAUGUGGCUGAGUCUCAGGACGAGAUUCUACCUAUGUCGUCCAACGCGAUUUGCCAAUGGUUGCGAAGGACGGUGGGCCAAGAGGAUCAGGAUCAGGAGAUGGCCAUCUAGCGCAGGGGCCAGCCUUGGAUAGUGUAGAAUAUAUAGAAUAAAGAUA